AUGAAGGUACAGUGUGCUGCCCUCUGGCUCCUGGCCGCAGCGCUCAUCUUGAGCUCAGUGCACACCCGCGGGCUCAGGAAGUGUCUGAUUUCCAUGGACACGCACCAUUUAGAAGAGAGUUUCCAAGAAAUCAAAAGAGCCAUCCAAGCUAAGGACACCUUCCAAAAUGUCACCAUCCUGUCUGCAUCAGAGACGCUGCAGAGCAUUAAGCCCUCAGAUGUGUGCUGUGUGACCAAGAACCUCCUGGCUUUCUACGUGGACAGGGUGUUCAAGGAUCAUCGGGAGCUGAACCCCCACAUCUUGAGAAAAAUCAGCAGCAUUGCCAAUUCUUUCCUCUACAUGCAGAAAACCCUGCAGCGCUGUCAGGAGCAGAGGCGGUGUCACUGCAGGCAGGAAGCCACCAAUGCAACCAGAAGUGUUCACGAGAACUAUGAUCAGCUGGAGGUUCACUCUGCCGCUGUGAAGUCCCUGGGAGAGCUCAACGUCUUUCUGGCCUGGAUUGCCAAGAAUCAUCAAGAAAUUUCUGCUGCUUGAUGACAUGAAACCUGUCCAAAAUCCAGGGAUAAACUCCUCCUGUGCGGUUUUCUGUGGGAGACAACC